AUGGAUGUUCGAAAGCUAGACGUGGAGAAUUGGCUCACAUUGGACAAGAACUACAUGGAUGAGCAUGUUGUUAGGAGCCAAUUGCUUGCACAAGAGAGACAUAAGGUCCUUCAAUGCCUACCAGAGUCAUAUGAAGCGUGUCUUGAAGCAUUGGAGGAGGUGGUCGAGUUUCUGACCCAGCGAUUCUCAAACAUGUUCGAUAUGAAAAAGCACGGUGAGGAGACAACAGUGUACAACAAAGUCACGGGCGAAACAUUCGUCUUUGGCGGGAAAAGAACCGGGCAGAUGGACCCGUUGGAGAUCGCUGUGAGAUUGACUAUGGAGGACCUCAGCAUUCUGAUGAAGAACGAGGAUGGGGAGUAUUACCUUGCCGCAAGCGCAAGUCUCUUUCCCGUGGGUUGGACAGUAGCAGAACGGAUUGGGUGGACAAUCUCUCGGCUGCACAAUCCAGUGCCAUUAUGGCACCAGCAAGUAGCCAAUUCAGUCAGCAAGUUUCUCUGCCGUCUGACGCCCGAAUCUCCCAUGGAACGAUCCAACUACUUCGUCGAAGUCAAACGACCAGACGAAGACUUGUUCGAUAUCUUGUACCGUCCCACCACGCUAUCGGAGGACAAUCCGGAUCCAUCACCGCAGGACCUCGUUAUUCGGCGCGAAAGACAGACUUUCCGCAGGCUUCCCCGAACUGGGACCAUCGUGUUUGGGGUCAAGACUUUUCUGACCACGCUUGAUGAGCUCCCGAUGCAGGAGCUUGAGAAUCUGGCGAGAGAGGUGAAGAGCUGGCCGGAGCAUGUGGGUGAGUACAAGGGCAGAGAAAUCUGGGGUGCAAAAGCUCUCGAAUUCUGCGAAAAGAGACGUCAGCAACUGGGAAAGGCUUCCGGAAACGAGGAGGAAUGUCAAAAACAAGAGGAGAAGCUCGAAAAGUUGGAUGUCUGA